GCUCGAAAUUCCCUGCAGUGAAACUACAUGCGCCACCCGCUCUUCAUUUGUAGACUCGAAAGCUGACAGUCCCGCAGACAGAAUUACGAAAGACGUCCCAAUAUUCCACAAAUCAAACAGUACACCUGUCUGUGCCAUGCAUAAAACAAAUGCAAACGCAUCCCUAUGCAUAUAGGCAUAUAUAUACAUGCAGUGUCAGGGAUUCGGACUGCAGAUCUGCAGCAGGAGGAUGAGUCCGGAAUUCCGUGAACAAGCCCUCAGGCGGUCACGCACCUCGGUUGAGCCAAGGGGGUUCUCCCUCUCAGUGGAGGAAGCUCCGGCCAGCAGGUGAAAAUGCAGAAUUCCGACACAAAACUAUCAAUCCGGAGUAGAGUUGUCUCUGGAGGGCGCCAGAUCGAUCGAUCGGUGUAAAGUUUCACAGCAGCUACAUGCGAGUUCGCCUUGUAGGGCAAAGAUGUGCUCGGAGACACAGGGAGCCUGCGUCGGUUGAACGGCAACGCUAGAUACAGCUAAUACCGCUUCCAGGUACGGCUGCGGAUGCAUCUCUCCGGCAGACAACGCUAAGGUGGGGUGCCUAGACAGCCAAGCAAUCGCGUCGGCAAUCUAGUUUUUGGACAACGGAACAGAGCAGGAGGCAGGGCGUCUCGUUCGGCGAAGAAAGAACGGGUCAGAAGCGAAAAAAAGAACGAAAAAGGCGAGACAAGAAAGCGACGGGUGUUCCCGGCGAAAAGCCAAGUGUCGGGUGACGGCGAAGCAGCGGGGGUGUAGUGACACCGGAAACAGCCGGCAAACAGCCACGUUCGAGAAAACGAACCGAAUCUGUUUGCCGUUUUCUCGAGACCCUGGUGAUUUUUUCUUCGAGUUCAGAGGCCACACGCAUGCGCGAGAGCCUCGGCGGGAGAGCAGUGGAUCUGGAAGACUGCAGAAGCUCUAGAAAAAAGAAAAGGAAAUCGCUGUCGCACUCUGCGGGUCGGCAAAAAGAACCGCCGGCUGCGACGCUUGCCAAGCAGCCACAGAUCACCAGCCGGAGAAAAGAAAAUUUCCAAGUCCCGGAGACAGACAGGCGUGAGCUCAACUUAAAACCACUCAAGAAGGCGUGGACAUUUCUCUUGAAAGCUUUUCCCCGGCUUUCAAAAGAACAUUUUUGGUGUCCGCUGUGUUCCAGCAGAGCGCGAGACUGCGAUCUAACGAGGACGAGGCGCCCCUCGUGCCGGGUCGUCGACGACGGGGAACGAAAAUGCCACCUUUCCCGAGAGAGGAGACACGAAAGGAAAGCAAAAGGAACGCCAGAGAGAGAGGGCAGUAAAAAUCUAUCCGUUUUGGGGAAGUGGAAAGCCCGCGAAGAACAGAGUGAGAGAAACUGCUGCGGAUCGGGAGCGCGAGGGCGGAGAGUCUUUGGAACGACGGAGGCGAGGGGUUUUUCGCGCCUGGCGGGUGUGUAUCGGGGGAGGCGGGGGACUUCCCAGGAACUUGCAUCGAAAAGCGAAAGAUCGCCGCUUUCGGAAGGAAGUUUUCCGCAGCCGAGACCCGCGAAAAUUCGCUGAAAUCCGGAAGUCCAGAGACCGCAGAGAACCACACCUGCACCGACCCCAGUUGCAGCGCGUAAAGGGGGCUGCUGACGCAGAUGUACGCGGAGGUCGGGGAAACACAGGAGCUCGGAAAACCAACGAAGAAUAUCUUUGAGAACUCUCGUUUGAACGCGGGUUUCUCUCCGAUCACUGCAGGAGACAAAACGCGGAAAAAACGGCGCCGUUCAGUCCCCGUGGGGGAAGCAGAUCCACGGUUUUGACUUGGGGGGAGUCGAGUCGUCCAGGUGUACAGACACAAUCCAGACGACACCACCUGAGCGAGGCCGCCUUCUUGGAAGACUCGGAGAAACGAACAAAGCUGGGGUUCCAGAAUUUAGCGAGCAGGGCACUGGACAAAGCAAAAGGCAGAAGAAAAAAAGGGCCUCGUGUUCACGCGAGAAAAAAAAAGCAUCUGCGAGUUCGGUGCGGGCGGUGCGGCUAACAGGCCGAGGGCUGCGAACAAUGGAGAGAACCGGCAGAGAAUGCCGAGAGCUUUGACAGCAGCUUGGGAGCCUGUAGAGAUUUCUUCUGCUUUGAAUGCGUCUGCUAAAAUAGCGCUGAUCAUAAAUGCGGAGACUCGUGCAGAAACCGCUUUCAAGAGUUGUGCGUCGAAACCGCGUCUGGCGCUCUCAAGGCUAUUCAGCGUACAUACACACCCCGGAGGCGGGUGUCGUCAGGACAUCCUACGUAUGGCAGACGAAGACGACCCGCGGUGAAGUAGGGAAGAAAGUGGAUUUUCACGCGAGCCUUUCUCCGAGGAAGACUUUUUGCCGGUAGAGACGAGAGAAGUGAGAGCAACGCAACAGAGAAUCUCCACGAAGCCCGAGGCGUAGUCUAGUGUCAAGAUGAUGCAUGUCCAGCACCUUCAGAGCACGUUAAUACUCCCUUUCUCAUUUUCCUUCCAUUUCUCUCUCGGUUCUUUUGCGCCAGGCUCUUUUCUACACCCGCCUUGAGGGCAGACCUAGCGCCGCCGAGUGUCUUCUUCCAGUGUGUGUCCACCCUGGGUCUCCUGAUGCAACCGCGAGUUACUCUCGCCUGUUGAGUUGCUUCAUCCCGGAAGAUGAAAUAGCCAAAGUGAAGAGGAAUAAGGACGAGAAAAUCCAGAUGGGGCGCACUCAACUGUAAACGCAAAUGCCUGCAGGUGCCCGCCCCUUGAGGCUCCUUGAGGCGAGCGCGUCGGUGGUGAGGUGACAGCGACGCCUGAGACACAACGAGGUCAGGAGGAGCCCGGACUGCGGAAGCGUGGAGGUUUGACGACGAGAAAAGAUCGAGUACAGCGGCAAUCAGCGAAGAGAAAGGGAAGGUGCAAAGAACGAGACUAGGAAGAACUUGGUGCGUUGCUCUAUCGAAAAGUCUUCGAAAGGGCAAUCCCCGUCGACCAUGCGUCGAGAGUGUUUUUUGCGGGAGGGACUCAAUCCGGUGCAGACCCGCGAACGACGCCAGCGUGCGGUCCGCGGCCAGUCUGAAAGGCGGGUCCAGGUGUACAUACACCUCAGCAGAGGUGCGAGAAUCUCAGAAUAUUCGCUGUUGAGGGGAAGCGAGUGGAAAAGAAAAUCGACUCAUGUCUGUUGAAAGCCUUUUUCAUCCGGCGGCUCUCCUGUGUGAGCCCGCGGUCGAUGCGCGCGUGGGUGGCUGAAGGUAGUAAGAACGCGCUUUUCUCGACUUGUUGAACCCAGGAAUUUCUUCUGGCUUUUCUCUACGCUUUCUUUCGCCUUUGUUUCCUUUCCGUUCGGCUCUGCUUUCGAAGGUUAACGCCGCAACUUUGUGCCGUUUUCCCCACUCUCCGAUGGCCUCCAUCGAGACUCCUCAAGCAAUCACGAAAAACAGGCCGUAUAGGCGUCUCGAUAGAUGAUGCCAGCCGCAAAGCGCACGGCGACAUCGAUAUUUAAAGGGUGUAUAAGUUUUCUUGCCUUCCUUCUUUCAUUCUCCGUUUGAUCUCUAUUUCCCCCUUUCCCCCGUCUGUUUCUCUCGCCUCAUUAUCAUCUCCAUUUCCUUGGGUUUCUCCUUUCCUUACCAUCUUUUGCUCUCCCCUCCUCCCGCUUCUCUUCUCUCGUCCUCGUCUCCCUUUCCUUCUUUCACCCCUUCUUUUCUUCGUCCUCUCUUUCCUCUCUCCCUUUUCUCUUUCUUUUCUUCCUUCUCUCUUUCCUUUAUUCCAGUCCUCUGCCUCCUCUCCAUUGCUUCGGGCGUCAGCUUCCUCUGCGUCCCUGUUUUCUUCUCACCUUUCUGGCUCAUCGACUUCUUGUCUCUGAGGGGAGAUGUGAGUUCUCACUCCUGAUCGAGUCGGUUUUGCUGUCCUUGCUCUCCUCUCUUAUCUAGCUCUUUCACUUUUCAUCUUUCCUCCCGUCGUUGUUCUCCUUUCUUCCUCUUUCGUCUCCUUUUUCUCUCUCCAUCCGCUCCCUUCUCGUCCUCAUCUGGCUUACCGUCUGCCCCCCCCCUUCCCGGCUUCUCCGCCCUUCUCUUCUUUCUCGUCUUUCCGGCUGUCUCCUUUUUUCAUGUCUUCAUGUCUCGCUUUUUUUGCCGAUGAACAUGGAUCUCUCGCCUGCCGCGGUGCCUCCCCCGCGCCGCAGCGCCUGCAGGCGAACGCGAAGUCAGGGACGAAAGCGGCCUCUGACGGACGCAGAGGAAGGAGCCGCCAGAGAAUUGGAAACUCAAGUGCCAGUAGAGGACGAAGGAGAGGCAGCCUCUGAGGAGGAUGACGAAGACACUGAAGACUUCGAGGAGGAUGACGAAGACGAUGAAGACUACGAGGAAGAUGAUGAAGACGAUGAAGACUACGAGGAAGAGGAGGAGAAGAAGGGCAGGCGACCGGCGAGGCCCCAUGGACGGAGAAGCAGCGAGAGAGUGAGUGGACGCUCGGGGCUUCGAGGCCGAGCAGAAGAAGCGUCUACAACAGACAAAGGAACAGAGGAAGAAAUGCAUUUCGAGGAUGAUGAAGAUCCCUUUGGAGGCGCUGGCUCUUCCGAACCUGAGGACGACAAUGACUCCGACUGGCUGCGAGAAGAAGAGACUGACGACCUGCAUUCGGAGAGCUCGAUUGCAGAGAGCGAGAUGGAGGAGUACUUCAUGCGAGAGGACGAGACUGAAGACGAAGGGAAGGCGGCAGCUCCAGGAAGCAGACGAAGAAAAGGCAGAAGAAAACGAAAGCGCGCGGAACCGUUCAGCGGAGUCACGACGCAGAGGAAACGCCGACGGAAGAGAACGGCUGCAACUCCCAGUGAAAUGCCUCCCGCACUGAAGAAGUUGAUGGGCGAAGCAACGGAUGCCUACUUGCGCGAAGAGUUCGAGAAGGCUGUACAGAUUCUCGAAGACAUCGUCAGACAGGCGCCUGGGCUGCACGACCCUUUCCACCUUUUGGGCCUGAUCUACGAAGAAGCGUUCGGCGACAAACGGCGGGCGGUCGACUUUUACCUGCUCGCUGCGCAUCUUGUUGUCCCUGGAGACCCGGAGCUCUGGAGACAUAUUGGCUCGAUGUCUGUCCAGCUGGGGAACCUCCCGCAGGCGAUCUACUGUUUUCGCAGGUGUCUGAGGAACGCCAGCAACGCGCAGCUCUCCGCAGCCUGCAGCGCGGGGUUUCGUCCAGACAUGCACCUCCCUCCCGUCGAGGAGAAAGAAAAAGGCGACUCCGAGGACGAGCUGGAUGUACACUCUGGCGGCGACCGAGGGCGCAGGCGAGAGCGCAGGAAGAAAGGAAAGGAAAGGCCGCCCAGCAUGGAGGAAGAAAUUGCCUUUUCUCUCGCCACGUGCCACCAGCAGAUGGGCGACCACCACCGAGCUGUUUCUCUUCUCUACACUCUGUUGUCGAUUCGUCCUGGGGACUUUCUUCUCUCGAGAGAAACAGCGAGAAGUUUGUACCGUCUGCGUCGAGUCGUGGAGGCGAGAGACAUUCUUGAGGCUGCGGUGUUCCCUCUCCUUCCGCGACAGUUGAAGGAGGAAAUCGUCAGUCAAGUUCCGCAGCAACCUUCUCCCAUCUCUGCGUCUUCGUUUUGUGCUGCCUCCUCUUCCCUUCCUUCGUCGGUUUCCUCUGAGAGUUGCGGGAGCGCCUCCGCUUUGCUGGAGACGCGAGGUGUGGGGAGAGAGAGUCCUCGAGAAGAUGCAGACGCAGGAGAGAGGAAGAAGAAGAAGCAAGAGCCGGAAGAAUUCCGUGGCUCUGCGUCCGAGAAAUCCGCGAGUGCUGCAGACGAGAGAGGGUCAGACAGAGAGAGAGGCGACGGCUUAGAAACCAGACAAACGCAUGCAACGACUCUGCUGGAAACAUGGGAGGGCCGGAUGAGUCUCAAUACGCUUCAGCUGGACUGCGUGAAUCUCCUCGCCGAGGUGUACAGACACCUGCACGAGUAUCGCCGCUGCUUUCUGCUUCUGCGCUUCGUCACUCGGGGUUGGCAGGCCUCUCAACUCCCUCUGGAUUUGCUGGUGAAACGCGCAGCUGCGGAGCUCUUUGUCGGCGAGACGAACCACUCCGGUGAUAUUGCAGAAAAGAUGCUCUGUGCCGCUGCCAUUGCUCCAAAGCAACAGCUGCCUUCGUCCUCUUCGUCUGCCUCUUCGUCUUCCUCUUCGUCUUCGUCUUCUUCCUUUUCUUCGUCUUCGUCUUCGUCUUCCUCGUCCUCUUCCUCUUCUUCUUCGUCUUCGUCUUCCUCUUCGUCUUCUUCCUUUUCUUCGUCGGUGCCUCUUCCGGGUCCUGCCUGCAGAGGCGAGAGUGUUGGAGAUGAGGACGAGGGAGAAGUCAGCGAAGAGUAUGUGGACCUUUUUCUCACUCUGGCAGACGCUUGGGCGCAUGCCGCGGAGCAUGAGCGCGGCCUUCGUCUUUACCAAGCUGUGGCGAAUCUCCCGCAAGUCGCGACAGACACCACGCUCGCGUUAAAGACGGCGAAUUGUUUAAUCCGACUUGGGAACUUGCAGGGUGCUGCGGAUUUCCUUCAGAGGUGGCUGGUGCAGAGCGAAACGCGGCGGCAACAGACAGCAGGUGUACGAGACGCAGAGGUUCGCUUGCUUCUGUGCGACUUGUUGAAACAGUUAGGUCAAGACCUCGAGGCGGACUACACCCUUCUCACCAUUUCCUACAAGCACCUGCGAGAGCGCGAUAACCUGCCCAGAGCAUGGAGCAACACGGAUCGCGAACGCGACUUGUUCGAUCUCCAAGGACAACUCGACGCUCUUCUUUCUCGUCCUCUUCCUUCGUCUCUGGAGGCCUCCGUCUCCCCUCAGUCCUCUAUCCCUUCUCCUCCGUCUUCGUCCUCUUCGUCACUGUCUCUCGGUGAGGCACCGCCUGUUGUCUCCUCGACUGCUCCUCGUGUUCACGACUCCCCUCACUUCCCUUCUGUCGGAGACGCUGUGCAUGCGGCUGGUUCUCUCGGCUCUUCUCCACCUGGCUCUGGCGACUCUUCUCAGACGCCUUGCCAAGACGAAGGAGCUCGAACCGUGGCAAACCGUUUCCUGGCCCUCGUCCAAGAAUGCGAACUCGACACUUGUCGAGUUCUUCGUCAGGCCUGUCGCACGCGAGUUGAACUCGCACAAGACCCAGGCGCCGAGCAGUUCUUCUCUCCGUCUCUCCCCCUCACGCUUCCCCACAGUGACCCGAGACGCAGCCACGCGAGAAGGCCGACAGCCUCGCCCCUAGGUGUCUCCGGUGUCUCUGCUGUCUCCGCGCUGGACAGGAAGAAGGGGGAGGCCGGCACCCGAGAGGAAGAGACGGAGGAGAGAGCGGAGGCCGGGGACUCCGGUUCCUUGCUGAACAUGAAGAAAGGGGGAGGAUCGACUGCAGGAGCUGCGAAGGCGAAGGAUCCAAACAAGUCUCUCCAACACUACAAAAUAAAACAACACUUGGGGUUGAGGUCCAUCGAAGACUUUGUGGGCCUAAAGGGCUACUUUGACUUUCUCUGCAGUGGCGUGGAGCUCCUGCGGAGACAAUGCAGACACGAAGAGGCGGUCGCUCUUCUGGAGGCAGUUUUGAGCAAUUGGAGACAGAAGCGCCCCGACGGCAACGACGCGCAGAAGCGGCAGAUCAAAGAAGAACUCGAAGUUCUUUCGAUUUCUCUGAGUGUGGAGGGACGCCUAAGUCGAACGGCGCUCGCCUCGCUGCGUCAUUUGCUUCAAAGGCGCGCAAGCAUCUCUCGACACCGGGGCUCCUGGCGUUCGCUUCUGGAGGUCUACGGACGCCUGCUCUUCACAGGCCGCCUCGCGCAGCAGGCCUCGAAGGCCCUCGCUGUCGCCAGAGAGAAAGACCUUUUCCUCGAAAACAGAUCCUGGACAAUUCGACAACUCCUUCAGCGCCCUCACAGCGACGCUCUGACACUCAUCGUCGGACAUUUUUGCAUGCUGUCUUCGCGCUGGAGAUUCGCCGUCGCUGAGUACACUCGGACGCACUGUCUGAGACCCCGGGAGCCUCUCCCGUGUCUCUGUCUCGCCGUCGCCUAUCUCUGUCUGUCGACAUCGAACAAAACUCAGAAUAAACAUGACAUGGUACUUCGAGGCUUCGCCAUGCUGGGACGCUACAGCCAACUGAGACGCGAGACUCAAGAAGACGCUGCCGACAUUUGUCAGCAAAAGAAUGCUUCGUAUGCGCUCGAGGUGCAGACAGUUCGCAUGGCUGAGACAUUGUACAAUCUUGCUCGGGCGUAUCACCAUGUGAAUCUCUUGCAUCUGGCAGUGCCGUUAUACCUACGAUGUCUUGACUUGCUGGAUAAGACCGGCGAUACAUCGAGUGAAGCUCACGGAAACUCAUUUCCGUUUCCCCAAAAGCCUUGGCUUCCCUCGCAAGGGGAGAACGGCCACGACAAUUCGUGCGCAGGGAGCGCUGCUUCAAAGGCGCAGGCGGGGUCGAUUACCGGAUCAGGUGCCGAAAGGAGCGGCGAGGCCGCGAUUCAACUCGACAAAGCGCAGAUUCAGAAGUGUGCAGCAUUGAAUCUAAUGUCGAUCUGGCGAAGUCAGGGAGGCCUGGCGCAGGCGCGAGCCGUUGCCAGCCGCUAUCUGGUUUGGGACGCAGAGUAGUGGACCCUUUUCGUUUCAGAUUUCAGGUGUACAGACACUCGGACCCGAAUGGUGCGCUUGGCCCCCCUGUGGCUGACGUUUUCCUUUCACAGCAUUUGCCAGGCAGAAGAGGCAGUCAAAAAACCAUGCAGACAUCUCAGGGGUCUUUACUUGCAUGAAGCAGUACAUGGGAAAUUGAGGGAUCAAAUUUUUCGAGACUCUCGCACUUUUUGACAGACGGCACUUGAGUCCACUGGCAGCCAGAUACACGGGGAGGGCGCGCCUCGUUUGAGUGAGUGCAGAAGCCAGGUGCCAUGUUGGAAAGAGGCAAAGCAGCCGUCAGACUCACGGGGUCGGGCGGAAGAUGAAUUUUCAUCAGUCCGUAAUAUGCUUUGCGUACAUGUCCCUUAUGAGAGGUGCUUGUUUUACGGCGAGCAAACUACCGACACUCUCGUAAUUCUUCAUGGCUCAGGUACAGCGUAUUUCAUUGGGCAAACACGGUGGCGUUGCUGCGCUUACUCUUUUCCGAAAAAACACCCGUGAUUCGGAAAUUGUCUAUUUCUACUUACUAGUAUAAAUUUGCCUCUGAGCAGCAAGCACAGACUGCUUUCGCAUGUGUAGCCUGCGCAACCUAUGACGCCGGUGAUGAAACUUUUCACGAUCGCGGAAACGGCUCCCGUACUCCCGCGUUCGUUUAAGAACGUAAGAGCUCGGGUACCGUUAUGUCUAGGGAGAGGCCGAGACUCUCGCUGGAGGGAGUAUGUCGAGAAAAACGCUGAUGGUACACUUUUUCCCAGUGUCACUUCGUGACAGCUUUCUCCUCAGUCCACGGUUGGCCUUUUCUCUGCGCGAGUGCAUUGCGAACGAUCUUCAGAACACACCUGUGUCCGCGAUGCAUAAACCUUUCAGCAGCGGGUCUGUCACGGAAAGAAAGCAGUGGGUCUUGCGCCGAUAGGCUGCAAUUUAUUUAGAUCCGCCGCGCCGGACACACAGGUCGCUUCUUACUUGGUCACGGUUGCUUUAUGCGUUAAAUUCUAUGGUUUUCGCUGUUCGAAUAACUGCAUGAAAGUUCGCAGAAAAACUCGUGGCAAACGAAUGUGAAAUUCUUCCGAACACAGAACCACCGGGCAGGAUUAGGCUACAACUUUCUAUCUGUAUGUUGGCACUG